AUGCUCUCCGCGUCUCAGAGCGCGCCCCCAACCUUUCCCGACAUGGACUGGACCUGUAUCAAGACGCAGCCGCAAUAUACGGCGCUGGUCCCCAAGUGUGCGCAAUACUGCCACGCGAACGGCCUCCAGAACAAUGACUGCCCCAUCGACGACUUCAUCUGCCAUUGCAAGAAUUUCUGGGGCACGGCAUCUCUCAUCGAGCCGUGCAGCGACGACCCGGCCCUCUACCAGUGCACGCAGGAGGAGACCCUCUACUUCGUCGGGCUGGCGGGAUCCUUCUGCGAGUUCUGGAAUGCGACAGCCGAUGCAGCUCAGGAGGCGGUGAAGAGGAAGUGCGGCAAGGACUGUAAGCCGUCGUCUACCAAGUACAAAUCUGUUGGCACGGGCACCCCAAAGUGGUAG